AUGCCUGUGGUUGAUCUCGAUCACUCGCAGCGGCAGGUGCAACUGUCGGUGGAUGAGGCGCUCACGGCCUGUGGCGAGUUUUCGCGCGGCCAACAACUGCAGCUCCUGCUGGUCGGCGCCUCCUGGUGCUUGGCGGCGCUGCACACGCUUGUGGCCACUGUGACGUCCUGCUUCGACCCGCUGCGGCGGCCCGGCGAGGUGGUGUGCGUCAAGCCGGACGAUGCCGCCUGCACCGCCGCCCUGGCCCAGGGCAACGUUUGCAGCCUGCCGCGUGAGGCCUGGCAGUGGAGGGAGACGGGCGGCUCCCUGGUUUCCGAGUUCGACCUGAUCUGCAGCCGCCGCUGGCUGCUCUACUUCCAGACCUCCGCAUACUUCGUCUCGCUGCUGGCGGGGUGUGUGGCGUGGCAGGUGUCUGCCGAGCGAUACGGCCGCCGCCGGCUGCUGUACACCGGGGCUGGUCUGUGCGGCGUGGCCAGCCUCAUGGCCUCCACCGCCCCCUCCCUCUGGACCUACCUGGCCUUCCGCUGCGCCAGCGGCGCCGCCAGCGGCGGCAUGGCGCUGGCCGCCUUUGUGCUGGCCACCGACCUGGCGGGGCCCGGCUGGCGCGGCUUUGUGGGCCUCCUCAUCAACCACUUCUUCUCGGUGGGCGCCUGCGCGGCCACGCUGCUGGCGUGGUGGGUGCCCAGCUGGCGCUGGCUCACCUUCCUGUGCGGCCUCCUCUCCCUGGCCUACCUGGCCACCUGGUCCCUGGUCACAGAGAGCCCCCAGUGGCUGCUGCUGCACGGCCGCAAGGGCGAGGCCACCGCAGCGCUGGCUGCCAUCGCGUUUGCCAACGGCACGCGGCCGCCGGAGCAUCCGCUGGCAGAUCCCACGGCGGUGCUGGGCAACACGCAGCGCAGCCUGCGCGACGUGCUGGGCUCCAGCCGCCUGCGCCACCGCCUGGUGCUGCUGGGCGGCGCCUGGUUUGCCGCCGCCGCCGCCUACUACGGCCUGCUGCUCAUGGCCGACGGCAUCAGCGGCGGCGGCGCCUCCAGCGACGAUUCCGUCUACGUCACGCUGCUGUCAGCCUUUGCCUACGAGGUGCCCGGCAUCGCGGCGGCGGGCCUGGCGGUGGAGCGGGCGGGGCGCAAGGCAACCACGCUGGCAGCGCUGCUGCAGGCCGGUGUGUGCCUGGUUGUGUCGGCGCUGGCGCGCGGCACAGCCCAGAGGGCGCUGGUGGUGGCGGCCAGGUUUGGCCUUGCAGCGGCGUUUGCGUCCCUGUACCUUCACACCGCUGAACUGUUUCCGCUGAUGGUGCGUGAGCACGGGCUGGCAGCCGCCAACGUGUUUGCCCGGCUGGGCGCGGGCGUCUCGCCGCUCUUUGCCUUCCUGCAGUACCAGCUGCGCAGCGGCUUUGUGCCGCUGCUGGUGCUGGGCUGCCUGUGCCUGGCGGCGGCGUUCCUGGCGGUGCUGCUGCCCGAGACGCUGGGGGAGAAGGCGUCCGAGACGAUCCAGGAGCUGAAUGUGAUGCUGUCGAUGAGGCGGCGCCGCUCCUGGCGCGUGGCCCUGGCGAGCAUGCUGCGCCCCAGCACCAGCCAGCCCUCCCUGCAGGCGCGGUCCUCCUCCCUGCAGCAGCAGCAGCAGCCCGAGGAGAUGUACGUGGCGGCGGCGCUCCCGCAGCGCACCGAGUAG